AUGACAUGUAUUACUAUUCUGCACACGACGAUAAGCAGGAUGGUUUUGAAGUUCUUUAUAUUAGUUUAUAUUUAUCACAUUUAUAUAUUAAAUACCCCAAUGUAAAAAAUAUUCUUUUAAACGAAAUUUUAACUUAGUAAAACUACCAUGGGUGUUGUUGGAUUGUGGAACAUCGUUACACCAUUAAGUAAAACAAUACCUGUAUACGAAUUAAGGGGAAAAACUGUUGCUGUGGACCUUAGUUGUUGGAUUGUUGAUAGUCAAAAUGCUGGUCCUGAUGACGGAUCAAAUAAACAUUUGCGGGCCAUAUAUUUUCGUACCAUGGCUUUAUUAUUAAAUGGAAUAAAUCCGGUAUUCGUACUUGAAGGAACUGCUCCAGUCUUGAAGCAUGAUAUUAUACGAGAGAGAAAUCAAAAUCGUAAACACAAUAAAAAUGAAGAUAAAAAAGGAAAAAAGGGCCAAUCUCAAAGAGCUAAUGGUGGACGAGGCCAUGUAUUCAAUAAUGUUGUAAAUGAAUGUAAAACUUUGUUGAAGUUAAUAGGUUUGACUUGUAUAAGAGCUCAUGGUGAAGCAGAAGCAAUGUGUGCUUAUUUGAAUCAAGAUGGAAUGGUUGAUGGAUGCAUUACACAAGAUUCAGACUGUUUCCUGUAUGGGGCAAAAGUAGUAUACAGAAAUUUAGCUUUCAGCCAGAAAUCUGGCCUUGGUUGUUCAGUUGAGGAACAUUCAAUGGAUAGAAUCGAAAAAAUUUACAACCUUGGUCGGAACAAAAUGAUCGGAAUGGCCUUACUCUGUGGAUGUGAUUAUGGACCAGGUGUUCCAGGUGUUGGCAAAGAAGGAGCUAUCAAAUUGUUAAGGGCUGCUGAUGAAAAAGAUAUCCUAACAAGGUUAAAAAGUUGGAAAACUGAUGGAAGCAUUUAUAAACUCGAAACUGCAGUUGCAGCUUCAAAAAAUAUGUCUGAUGAAAUGAAAAAAUUGAUCUCAAACGAGCUUUCGAUACGAAAAAAGUGUGUUGCAAUUGAUAAUUUUCCAAUGCAAGAACUUAUUGAUGAAUUUAAAAUUCGUAGAGGACAAGUACCUACGAAAAUUGAUAAAUGGGACUGUCCAAACAUAUCUGAAUUAAUUAAAUUUAUGGAAAAAAAAUUGAAAUGGAAACCCGUUUAUGCUUUGCUAAAGACUUGUCCUCUUUUAAUUCGAUGGUACGUGGAUAAUUUAUACCAUUUUCCUUCUCGAGUAACAAUGACUAUGAGGAAUCAAAUUUGUCCAAAAGAAAUAAAGAGAGUACGAAACCAACAAUCAAUUAAUUAUGUUGAAAUUGAAUGGGUGCUAUCAGAAGAAUUUGGUAAUUUAAUUGAACUUGAAGAAGAAGAGCAUGAAAAUAAUCAAAGAAAAAUGAUUAUUACAACUUAUGAACUACAAGACCAGAUAAAAAAACUUUUCCCUGACUUAUAUGAAGCCUACGAAACAAAAAUUUCUCAAAAAAAAAAGCCUCGGAAAACAUGUGCGCCACAAAGUAAUGGUGACAAUUUGAUACAACCUUCAAAGAAUUUUAAACAAAGAAAAUGUAAAUUGCAUGACGAGAAAGAUCGAAAAAUUUAUGAAUUCUUUCCACAAAAAAAACGAAUCAAUUGCCAAAAAGAUUUGAAUUUAUCAGUUAACUCCAAAAAUGCAUUAACUCAAAUAAAUGGUGUAGUAGAAGGUUUAUUUAAUGAAUUGGCCGAAGAAGAUUUUGCAACAGAUGUAGAAGAAGAUUCAAUGGAAAUGUCCCUAAUUGUAGGAAAAGUCUGUCAAUGUGUAGAUAAAAAUAAAAAAACUGAUACUGUACCUAUGACUGCACCAGUUGUUGAAGAUAAAAUUCAAGUUGAUAACUGUGAUGUAAACGUAAGUUUGAAUAAAUCUUGUGAUUCAUCUGAUUUCGAUAUACCAUAUAUACCAUUGGGAGAACGAAUAAAAAAAUAAAAAACAAGUCUAAUAAAAAGAUUAAACACA